AUGCCGUGCGUGGACAGCGAAUUUGUUCAUUGGUACGUGCACGCUGUACGCAGCACGCGUGGCAUUGCCGAUAUGCGCAACAGCGGUGGCGCACGAGUACUCGUGGAACAAGAGCGACACGCGCCUGAUUGCAGCAGGGUGGCAUAUUUGCAGGGCACGGUGCUUUCGUCGUUCUUCUGGGGCUAUGCAUGCACGCAGAUGGUGGCCGGCCAUCUGGCUGAUCGUGUUGGCGGUGAGAGGGUGCUGAAGCUGUGCACCCUCACCUGGGCAUUCCUGACCUUCUUCACACCGCAGCUCUUCGAUUUCGCCCAGUCCACGCAUCAUCCGAUGUUCUUCAUCAUCCUCAUUCGCACCGCAACUGGCAUCGGCCAGGCGUUUCAUCUUCCAUCGAUGGCUUCAUUGACUUCUCGACAUCUGACCUUCCACGACAAGGGACGUGUGUUUGGCAUAUGCCUGGCUGGAUCACAUCUCGGAGCGUUAUUUUGCUCUUCAGGUACUACAUCGUUUUUGUGGUGGAUAAUGCUUCGCUGCAUGUCUUUGAGUCGUAGCAAGCCAGCUGAGCUCAGUGAUUCGGAUGGCGGAGACCUGAAAGUGCCAUUGAUAAACGGUGUCCGGAAAUCGUUGAUCUCUUCUGGUUGCACGUCAGACAGUGCUGUUCCCUGGGAAGCGCUGCUGAAGCACCCUUCAUUCUGGGCUGCAGCAUUUGCGCAGUAUUGUGGCGCGAACGCGUAUUACACUAUGUUCAGUUGGCUGCCUUCCUACUUCGCGGACACGUAUCCGAGCGCGAAAGGUGUGGUAUACAAUGUGGUGCCCUCCGUGGCAAUCGUUAUCACUUCGUUUUGUGCCCCUUUCAUCGCCACACGACUGCUGCUCAGGGCUCACUCGCUGUCCCUAACAAGGAAGCUGAUGGAAGGCAUUUCUUUAUGUGGUAUGGCAGUGUGCCUACUGAUUUCGUCAAAUUCCAUGAAUUUCACUACUGCACUGUUUAUUUUCACACUAGCUAUGGCAGCACGAGGUUUGCAUCAUGGUGGUGUUUCCGUCAGUCCAUGCGAUCUAGCACCUAAUCACACGGGUUCCGUUUUUGGUGUGUUCAAUGCUUUUGCGGCGACGACUGGUUUUAUUGGCGUGUAUGUAGCAGGUUACGUGCUCCACGAAACAGGCAAUGGUUGGGCUUAUGUGUUCAUAUUCACUGCACUACAGUGCCUGGUUGGGGCGCUCAUGUUCGCACUGUUUGGAACCGCUAAUCGAAUUAUAUAA